AUGAGUUACAAGACCAACUAUGAGCUUUACUCUCGAGGAAGCAUCGACAGCAGACGGUCACCUCCGCCAGAUGAGCUUCUCUCACCGUUGGCAACGCUCUACCCGCAUGUCGUGGCCCUGCAGCCACAGUAUAAUCCCAACAACUGCACCUUCACCGGUUACCGUGACACGGGAUAUUGGGCUGCGGCCUACACAACACAGACUAUCGAUGAUUCCUCCAUGUCCAUGCGUCGUAUUGCCGAGACGAUUUAA